AUGACGCGUAUUUACCAAAAGAAGAAUGGACAAGGAACGCCGACAAACGGCGGAGACCGAGAAAUGGAAUCGAUGGUGGCCAAGGGUGGUGGCUGGUGGAGGGGCUUCGGAGGCGAGCGUGGUCCGUCUACGUCGAGAAAGAACAGAAACGGAGAAAUACGUGGUAAAUCAUGUGAGAAGGCAUGAAAGUGCACAUGACCACUCAGACGCAGACACGAACGAAGAGGAAAGAGCGCGUGGAAGGGAGAAACGCAGACGAGCAGUCGAUCAGCUGAUGUUUAAAAUUGGAUGCGUAUGUAGCCGUAGAAUGGACACACUCAGGCCCAUUGAGAUGGCAAUUGCUGCUCGGCUGCCCCUCGCGAGCUCCAUUCGUUGAAUAAUGAGCAGAGCGUGUCAUGUUAGACGACGCCGUUGAGGAGAAAGAAGGACUUACUUGACAGUUCAAAGAAUCCGACAAUAGUUUGUGGACGGGAUGAGAGCGGACGCUGCGGAAUGAAUGGGAAAACUGGAAUCGAAGUGUGAAACGCAACAAAGCGAACGCCUUUUAUACUUUCUUUCCGCGUUUUAUGUGAGCGAUUUCCAUAUCGUUCUGAUUCGGAAAACGACAUGAAUUUUUGAUGUAUCAUUUUGGAACAGAUGUACGUGGUAUAUACGUGGUUAUAUGAUACUUGCAACAAAAAACAGAUGGUGUUCGUCCUUUAAAAAAAAAUAAGUAACCCUAUCCCAGAAUUGAGUGAAUCCAUGUGGUGACAUUAAGGGUUUGCUUUUUGUUCUCUUCCCCAAGUUCUGACCCAAUGUUUGUAGUUUUCACAAAUACUGUCAGCAGAAAAGCCAAUGUUCCACGAAAUACUUGUGCAAAGUGUCAAAGAGCAAGGGCGGCGGCGGCGGACUUCACGGCGAUUUGAUGACGUAUAUCGGCAUGUCAAAACUGUUUUGCAGAUUUGCUGAAAAGUUAUUCGGCCUCUCUGCAACAUUUUCUUCAGGUUCUUCAGGUUAACAACUUUCUCAACGGCACAACUGAAAACAUGAUACUCGUUGUAAUCUUGUUUCGUUACGUGCUCGCAAAACACUCUUGAACCUCUGGAGAUCUUCCGAGAACUAAACCGGAAUUGUAUAGAAAGUCAUGUGGUGUGCUCUCUUUGACCCCCGCUCCUUCGCCGCUGCUCCCCACUUCUAUCGCGAUCUCAUCACCACUUUCAUCGGCUCAUUAAUCCAUUCAAAUGCCCAUUUUUGAGUCUCCCCAUUCAUUCAAAAACCUUUGGAAGAACGAAACGUUUGAGGGAAUGGUAAACAAACCAGUUCCGAAAAAUGAGAAAGAGGAGAUCCAUUUUUCCGAGCCGGGUCCUCUCGAACCGAACUGAUUACUUUGCUCGGCGAGUAGUCUACUCACUCGCGCUCCCUCCUCACCGGCCGCACUGUUUCUUCGCGGCUACCAACUCCCACUCAUCUCUCUUCUAUGUGAUAUACUUGAGCUUAACGCUAGAUCUACAAGUUUUUGUAUUUCACUGACUUCCCCCUUCUGCAAUGUUCACCUACCGAGCCCUGGUAGUUUCGCUAUUGACUGAUUCUUUUUUCUGUCAAAUCACAUAUUUCUAUUGUUCCUCUGAAUUUUUUUUCAAAAACUCUUCAGAACGUAUCGAAUGUGCGAUUUUUGUGCUUUUGCUGUACUUUUCCAAUCCGUACUUUCCAAGAAUCCAGAAACCACCGGGACUAGUGUAAUUUGUAUAGUUUCAAGGUGUCCCUUUCACUCGCCCCUUCUUCAUUUUCAUUUUAUUUUUUCCGCUUCUCUUCGAGCAACUGGUCACCCGAAUUGCGUCUGUGUCGGCGGCCCGGUCCCGAAUGUACGUCUGUGUUACAAACCGACGCGUUUUAUGAAAAAUCUUCUGCCAUUUCGAUCUCAAGUUACUAGAUAACUUUGCAGUUUCUUCUUCAUGACGUUCGAGGCUUGUCCAUUAGUUCAAAGGCUACGGAGUGUAGGUUAAACGGCGCUUUAAACUUGCCAUCGGUUGCUGGAUCUUUUUUUUGUGAGUGCCGACGAAUGAGACGAGCCAUGCGUCAGGAAAUUCUUUAGUUUAUAGCCCUUCCUGUUCUUCAUCUUUACAAAACAAUUUUGAUUCUCCCAUUCUCACAUUUUGGUAGAACUGUGGAUUGCUCUUGACUAUACGUGCCGUUCACAAAUCAACCUAAGCAAUGAUGAGCCUCUAGACAAGUAGUUUCACCACUUCAAAAAAGCAUACGUCGGUUCUAUGUACCAAUCUACAGUAGACCGACAAAAGUGCGAAUCGAAUGCUUGGCGUGCGAAUUCGAGCACUCUUUUUCAACGCAAAUGUUUGCAAGAAACAAGGGUUUUCCGGGGAGGUCUUGUGCUGACUUCUUUUGUGUAUAUUGGAACUCUCGAAAUGUAAGGGAAGGAUGUGUGUCCCCCAGUGUGGCAAGAACAUCCCUGUCGUCAUAAUCCUUUUCUAUUUUUUCAAUUGCACUCGUGCUUUUUGUUUUACGUGAUAAGAAGUGCAUCUUUUCAAUGAUGCCAUUAUGUUUGCUAAAGGCAGAGCUCGGGGACCACUUUUUAUAGGAACUCUCAGAAGCUCAUAUGAAAAAGUGAAGAAAAUUGUGCUCUUGUGAGCCCAUGACGUAUGAUUUUUUGUUGAACGAUUCGGAAACUGAGAACGUCACAUAAUAUUAUCUUCGAAAUUCCCCAGUUUAUCGUCUGGCCACCACUUGAAAGAGCUGGCUGUUCACCUUUUGUUUUGCAAGACAUCACCCCCAUUCCUCAUAACAGUUGGUGUGAGCUUUAAUCCAAUCGGCGGACAUCUGCAAGCCAUUGAUUGAAAGAUCCGACGACUGGCGCCACAAAAAAUGAGGAGAAAACGUUAUGGAUGUGUGGGUGCUGGCUGGAAAAUUGUUUUGAUUGUUGCCGGGAAAGAGGUCCCCACGGAAAGCUGAGUUAGUGUUGAAAUAUUGUACCUAUCAACUGACACCAACUUGUUUUUCUCGCCGAGGUUACCCGCCCACGCAGAGACGUUCGAGAAGGCUCUUAGUAUUUCAGUUUGUGUCUAGCAGAUCCCUCGGCAAUAGUCUAACUUUUCAAGUACGCUAAUUCUACGUAUGGCUUGAGUGAGCAAAUAGAUAAAAGCGGCAAAUUGGCUGGCGCGCGCGCGAGAAAAAAUCACUUUUCACACCUUGUAUUCAUCACCGUCGAUCUUGCGUUUCUAUUUGAUAUCCCCCUCUCUUCAAUCUUUCCAUCAAAUAUUGGGCUGGCUCGACUGCGCGAUAUCUGGCUCGGUGUGUAAUGAUAAAUCGCGCAAGUGACUAUCACACUAUUCUCCCCCUCCACCCACUUUCGAUCCUCCGUUAGAUUGCCAUUCGCCUUUGUUUCAACUCACGAGCGACUUUCAAUUCGUCAAGGUAAAUUUAGCAAAAUUUCUCAUCUCGUGGUGGGGUCUAGUGUUAGCAGUGUCCUUGUAGAUGAUUACACACUGAGCCAGACAGUCCAAGCUUCCUAUUUUAGUACUAACUAUAUGAAUUCUUCUUGUACAAUAAUAUUUCCGCAUCUUUUCUUUGCUCUUUCUUUUGUUCAAAACGACUUCUCAAUACAAAAUACGAAUUUUCAGUUUGGACUGUCUGGUGUACUGUUGCUACGCUGAGGUGUCUGAGCGAAACAGGGUCCCCCAUUUAGUCCCCCCAAAUAGAUUAAGAAAUAAACAAUAACAGAACUGAGUGUAAUUCAAUGCAAACUUUUCAGCUGCGCCACUCUACUAUGUCCGACGAGGAAGAACAAUAGUGGGUUAUGCGUUCCAGUUUCACUUCAUCAUAUUCUUCCUCCUCCUCGCUUAACCCUUCAUCCACCUCCAGCCCGCUGUCUUAUAGUAGCUCUUCAUCGCAACUAAACUUUCGUAGAUCAUCGGCCACCCCCUCACAUGGUCUCUCGUCUCGUGUUGGAUCGGACUAUGGCAGUCAGUUCCAGCGUGAUUUGUCGGGCCGUGAGACGUUGCCAGCGCGACUGUUUCCGAAUAGAUCAAGUAGCUUAGCCGGUAGGUCUUCCCAAGAUGCGCCGAUCAGCAGUAGAGUGACGCGCGACGAGCAAACGAUCGGGUUGCUCGAAAGGUACGGUAAUGGGGCGCGUAAGACAUCAGUAGGUGAGAGUUCCACUUCGCAGUACCUCAAGCAGCGCAGACAACAGCAGUUCGAGCCAGACUCUGGGCCAUCCUCAUCGGCCAUUGGUCAGCGCCGCCAGUCACUCGAAGCUUUUGGCUCAUCAACAUCAUCAGCAGCAUCGCCGUUCUCGCCAUUGUUUUCUCGCGACCAACCUUCAACUUCAUCGUCACUUUAUGGGCCAAGAGAUGGAGCUCGUCAGAACCCGCCGGAUGCGCAAGACGUUAAUCAAAACGAGUAUAUGCAACGCCUGUUGGCUGCUCACAAUCGAGUCGAUGACUUACUCCGAUCACGUGGAUUGAGCGGAGAGGAUGAGCGAAAGUACUUGAGAGCGUGGGAAGAGAUUCCGAUCAUUCGGGAGGAACGAUACCGACGAGUUCGGACGCCGAGCAGCUCCAGCGAUUCCGGACUCUCAACUGACAAUGACAGCGAUCGGAGCAAUGCGGAGGCGGCGCCAGCUGCAGAACCGUCCGGCGUAGAGGCUACGGAGCACUUUGGAUUUGAGAGAGAAGAGGAGGACAUCCAGAUAGUUCAUACUUACGUGGUCAAAGCGAAGGAGAAGGCGUUCUACAGUGAGAAGUUGGAGAAUGUUGACUUCAAUUUGGACAAGAAGCAAGCCAAACCGGGCAAGGCAUCGAAGGCACUUCUGGCGCCUUGCCCGUCCGGUCAAUGCCACCUUUCGGUCAUCAAAGCAAAGGACAUUAACGCGACAAACAAAAAGAAGGCCAACAUUUGUGAUACACGUACUGUUUUCCCGUCGGCGGUCAAAGAAACCGUAUCGAUCACCCUCCCGGCAGCUCCUACACCGAAAAUCUUGAUGAAUGCCCGACAGGAAUUGAAGAAAGUUGCUCAACCUGUUCAGAAAGAACCAGCAAAGCAGAAAGAGUCCAUCAGCAAGUGUACCAAGACUCUCCGAGCGGACGCCAAAAGAGAGGAAGUUUUGAAAAUGCUGGAAGAACCCCGUACCCUGCUGAAACUCAGUGCCAGCUUCAGCGCUGGUGAUUUGAACAAGUUGAACAAGCCGACCUUGCCAAAGCGACGGAAGACGUACGACGACAGUGUGAAAGUGCAGCAGAAGAGCGUGCUGGCAAGUCUGAAACGGAAGAAGAUGGAUGUCAUCCCUAGCACCGCGGAGAUCUCAAUUCAGCAUUGCAGUUUUUAUAAUCAACUGGCCAGGGAUAACUUUGCCGAAAAGAAUGUCCGUCUCAACUUGAGAAUGACCGAACGAGCACCCAAAAACUGCUGCGCUCAAGUUGUUCUGCCGGCCCCACCACGUGUCAUUUACGUCAGAAAAGAUAUCAGCAUCUUCUGGACUCAACCUCCGCCAAGAAGAACCAAGACACAGGAGCUUCCGAAGCCAAAGGUCGGAAGACUCAACAGAGCAUUCACUGUUGAAUUGGAGAAAGAAGAGAAGGAACUUCGGAAGGUGAAUCGGCUGAAGAUUCCCGAGUAUUUCUUGCAAAGCAAUGCUGAAAUGUUCGAAGAUAUUAUGGGUGUGAAGAAUGGAUUGAAACGGGUUCCAAUCAUUGGAGGGUUCUUGGUUCAACCCAAAGCGAAGCCAGCUACUCCACCGCCGUCAACUCUCCGAAGAGCGGGUGCAAUCCGUCGGAAGCCAACUCCUAUCAAGGAGGAGGCCAGUGCUCCGUACUCCGAUUUCUGCCCACCGCAAACGCCAAACAGUCCGUUGCCUCAAAUACGGAUUGUGCGUCCUCUCGAGCCAGAUCCACCGCCUAUUCCCCGGAGGAGACCCCCGCCUACGUCAUCAUCGAAGCAUUUAAACUUGCAUGGCUCCCUAGCGCUGUCCGCGAUGCCUAGAGGAGCCGCAAAAAACUACGAGUCACAACAUCAACAUUUCGCGGAAUUGUCAGAAACAGAUAAACUACUCAUCGAGCGAUUCAGCUCCCGAAUGCACAUUCCACGCCCUAGUGCUAUCAUCCGCGCCCUAUCGCCGUUCAACGCCAUUCGAGCGCUCAAGUCGCACCUCAAAGACCGAUGUGCCAGUCCGCCACCAAGGUUCAUUCAUAGAAGAGCACCAAGAAUGCGAUCGCCAACGCCAUCCAGAGAAGUGAAACCGAUCAAAUUGAACGCAGCGGUCGUUUCGAAGAAAGCGCUCCCCAGAAGACAUUGGCUUGACUUCCAAGUCGAUCUGAAACGCGUUGACUUCGAGAAGCACCGUUCGCGGAUGAAGCCGAGAAGACGUCUCAUGCGUUGGAUUCCUAGAUGGCGUCGCAGAGGGUUGGUUUGAGUAGUCGGUUGAGUUCGGAUGAAGGGUAGCCAUAGUUUCUGCUCGUGUUCAAGUUUAAGUUCCCAGUUCCCAGUUUUCUAACUUUGUUUUCUAACACAACCCUGUUUAUUUUUUAGUACCGACGAGGAGGUCGAGGAAGUCGAAGAAGAGGAAGUGGAGGCCGAUUACGCGCCGUCCGAAACUGACACUACCCGUUCUGAUCGGUAAUCUUUACGGCCACCGCUGCCGCUGCAGCCGUCGCAUUGAAUUAGCAAAACCUGUUCGAAUAUUUCAGACCGAAAACCAAGUCGUUUACUGAAGAUGAAGAAGGUUUGACCGAGGGAGAACGCGCCAUGGCGGUAACAAGAUUAUUGUGUUUGUUGGCCUUGAACCGAAUAGUUUGAAGGCCGCUAAACGUCGUCACGAGGAGGAGCAACACGCGAAACUUCAAGACUACGAAGAUCGUCGUCGCAUUGAACGCGAGAAGGAAGAGGAAGAGUUGAAGAAAUUGAAGGAGAAGCAGGAGAGACGCAAAUUGGAGCGUGAGCAGGAAGAAAAGGAGCAAGAGGAGAGACGCCGCGCUGCCGAUGAUCGUCGUCGCCAAGAAGAGGUUCUGAAAUGAGAGAAGAGAAUGAAAAAGGAAAUGUUGUGAUUACAGGAAGAGAGAAAGGCGAAGAUUGAAGAAGAUAGAAAGAAGAAGGAGGAGGAGAAGAACAAGAGAAACCAAAUGAUUGGAGGUGGAUUCCAAACCGGACAAGGUGGAAGGUAUCGGAAUUUAUAUUUUGAAAAAGCUAUGAUUUUGGGUAAUUACAGAAACUUCACGAUCCCUAAGAAGGGAGCUCAAAACGACAAGUUUGGAAACAUUGUUCAGGCGAAGCAAGAGAUGGGAAUGACCAAGGAGCAACAAGACGAGGCGAAGCGCGUAAGUUUCAUAUGAAUAUUUUUGAGUCGAUCCUUCUCUUCUUUUCUUUCUAGAAACGUUCCACUUCUCGGAAACCACCAGGUAUCACCAGAGCGGUGUAUAAUAACUUUAACGAAUUACAAACGUUUUCUAACAGUUUACAAAUCUCUUAUACUUUCAGUUAUUUUCAGUUUAUAACAUUUUGGUGACAUUCGAUACAAAAUAUUAACACCGAUAAAAUCAAUAAUUAAGGCGUUCCUGGCGACCAUUCGCAAAGGAAUCCCGACCGCCGCCGAAAUCUCUCCAAACGAGCUAAAGGCCAAGAUCAAGGAGUUGCACCAGAGAAUUUGCAAGCUCGAAGCCGAGAAGUACGAUCUCGAGAAACGUCACGAGCGUCAGGAGUACGACGUGAGCAUCAUCGCAUCCUUCCUUGGCUCAUAUUGUCCAUUUUCAGAUGAAAGAGCUCAACGAGCGUCAACGUCAAGUCACUCGCAACUCGGCUCUCAAGAAAGGCAUUGACCCCGCUGAGGUCGGCAGCUCCAGAUACCCGGUAAGAGAAUCACACAAACUUUAUUGAAUCGUACUAACCAGUAGCAUUUUCUUUUCAGCCGAAACAACUAAUCGCCUCUAAAUACGAGCGUCAAAACGUUCAGGCUUUUUACAAAAGCCGUUCUCUUUUCAUCAAUGUAAGAUACGUGUUGUUUGCAGCCAAAGGUCCAAAUUGUGUCCAAGUACGACCGUCAGAUUGAUCGUCGUAACUUCCGUGAGCGUCGUUGUGUUUUUGACAGAGUAUGUUGUACCUGUGUCCGUUGUCCUAUGUCUAUGUCUCAUGUCUUGUUUGUGUUCAGAAAAAUGCUCAUCCAUGUUUCCCCGGCGUCCCACCACCACCAGCAAUCUAUGAUAAGAUUAUCUUGGCAGUUGAGGUAGACAGUUAUUUUUAAGUGUACAAUUUCAGAAUUAAAUUUAGGAAGAGGUAGUUGCGGAUGAGGAAGACGAAGAGUAGAGGAAUGAGCAACGAGAAUGAAUCGACGAUUAGUGUGUGUUUUCUGUAACUGACAAUUGACUCUUUUAAACAAAGAAACUAUACUUGCAAAACGAGACCCUUUGUGAUGUGUUUCCGUAUUAUGACGACACUUUUUACUAACCAAUGUGUUUGUUCAUGUACCAUCAAUAAAUGUUCUUACGUUAAUGUGCAUAGUUCAAUUUUAGGUCAAGCAACCUGAAGAUGCUCUUUUUUCUGAUUGGCUAGACACUUUUGCCAAUAUCGUUCCUCAAAAGCUGAAAGUGAUUAGCGCUCGUGACGACAUUCACGCUUACUUGAAUAGCCCCGAUAGAUGUCCAAAGUACACCGAAAAGGUAGAGCUCUAGCCUUGUGGUCUCCAAAUCCUUGAGGAAUAGAAAUCGCUGGGAAAAGGAUGGACAUUGAUGUUCCGAUCCCUUUUCCCGUGUUGAGCAAGAGCGAAUUAUAGAACAGAGUACCUACGUAGUGCAUAGGAACAACUCCUAACCGAGCAAAAGCUGUCUGGCCAGACGUUGAUUUAAUUUGAGACUAAUGUCUACUGUAAGAGUCCCGUAGACUUGUUCAGACGGGAAUAGAGAUCUAAUUUAAUGCAGUGGGGAAGUGCAAAUCUGAGCCCGCUUGGAUGAUGUCACAGAAAAAUGUACUUAUUCCGCACACCAAUGAGCACUUUAUCUAUUUCAGGAGCCAAUCGUAGGCACGUCUCAAUCGACUUUUGUUCCUAGACGUCUUUCUAUCCCUUCUGCGGUAAGAAUAGAAUACUUUCUAUGUAUUUUCAGACUUAUCAAUCAAUUUUUUCAGUUCCUCAGACAAGGAUGA